UCUCAAUUUUAUUAAAUUUCUAAUCAUAUUUUUAAUUACAUAAUCCACAUUAGAUUAGACUAGGUCUCGAAAGAAUAACAAAGCAAAGACUAGUAGCUACUCGUACCACUUACCACCCACCCCAAAAAAUGCAAUUCAAUAAUUUCUCUUUUAUGACCCCCUUUUUAUUUUAAUCCAACAAAAAAAAAAAAAAACAAUAUUUUUCCUCCUUUCUUCUUUCUUGUUCAUAUUAUACACAACCUUAUUAUAUAAAUUUAUUACCCUUAUUUUCCAAGACUCUGUCUUUUGGAAUUAGUUGAGAGUUCUUCCACCCUCUUUUUAUUUUUUUUCACUUUCUCUCUCUUCCCCACAUUUUCUCUCUCUAAAAAGACUCCAUUUUUAUCAUCAAUGUCUUCCAUCCUCUGUUCUCAAGGCGUUUUCUUGGCUACUGCCAUGGCUGCUGGUACUGUUAUUCUCUUAGCUUUUCGCCUUCAAAAAUCUCCUUCUUCUCAAUUUCAAGUGAACUCCAUUCCAAUUCUUCGUCCUUGUCUUUCUUCAGGUGAAAGAAAGGGUGAAAAGAAGAAAAAAAGGGUGAGAUUUGCAGAAGAUGUUGUGGAUCCAAGAAGAGAUAAUGAGGAAUUUAGAAGGCAACAUAGUAAUAAUAUUUUAAGAAAGAUUAAUAAAGUUGAAAAUAAUGAUAAAAAUAAGAGAUUAAUGCCUGCUAAUCGAGCUGCUCUUUACCAAGGAAUUAUUAGAGAUCGUGUGAUUCAUCGAGUUACAUAUUCAUAUUAACUAAUUGUAAUUUAAUUAGACUUUUGUCUAAUUAAUUAAUUAAUAUUAGUUGUGAAAUAUUUGUACAAAUUUUUAUUUUCUUGUUUGGUGGGUGGAAAAAAAAAAUGUAUGAAGUUUUACCCACUUUUAGGAUUUUUACAGUGAGAAAAAGAGGGAGAAUUUGAUUAACUUGCUAAUCAAGUUUUUGAGUUUUUGAUUUGGAAAUUCUAAUGAACAUGUUAGAGUUGAUUCCCAAAUUUGUAAUUAUUUAAUUACUCUUUGUAAUUGUUCAUUGAGAAUUUUAAAAAGGGUGAAUCUUUUAUGAAGUUUGUAUAAUACUUGUAUUUUGUA